AUGUCUUACCUCUCGACUCAGCACGAUGAUCCGGCACCUCUCAUCUCACAAACAAAACUCGCCAGUAUACUAUCGCUACCUCAUGAGCUCGCCCAAUCGAUUCUGGGGUUGAUCACAAACUUCGAACCAUGGACCUACUCGUCAAUACCAGAACGCGCGGACGCAACAAUCACUGAUGAGAAAUUGGUACCAUGCACUCAGGAUGCGAUGCCCCUCAACAUGACCUGCAUCAAUCGCUACAUGUUGGGGCUGUCUGGCGGAAGCGGCUGGCUCAUCCUUAUGCUGUCACGACAUCGACACCGCUUUUGUCGAAGCAAACAUGAUGGGAUCUCGUCCGCCGUUACACAAGCACUGAGCAGAGCGAAUGCACCCUUCAAGAAACUGCACUGGAAAAGUAGAGAAUCCAGUUCUUGCCUUCAGAUACGCGAGGACAGCGGUGCUGCCGACUGCCCGAACUCAAACUUCACGGAAUUGAACAAGUCAUCAGCCGAAGACGAUACACUCAGACGACCGUUGACAAAAGCAUCAAUGGUGCGGUACCACACCUCUGUCCACUCAGAAGAAGAGGCGUACUUAGACGAGCAACCCGAGAUUCGACGGAGUUCUGCCUUGCAAGAUGCUGAUGAUGUUUCGUCACCGGCCACCGCACUGAUCCUAUACGACCCGACGCCAACAAUCAAGCUCACUAAAAUGGAUACUGCAGAGCUUGCCAGUCGAUCGGAUUUAUCGAAGACUGAAGCGCAGAUAUAUGCUCUUCUUGUUGCGGUCUUAGUGACAUUGACGCAAUGUCGCAUUUCUCUCCUUGAAGCCCUCGACAAGCUUGAGCGCGACACAUCUAUCCAGUCUAUCGAGCCAUAUGAAAGCAAAGAUUUCGCGGCACCCAGAAUGAGCCCCAGACUCGGUCGACCCCGCAGCCUGUCUGGAUCGACCGUGGCUGAUGUACAACCACACGAAGAGUUGCUGUCGUUCUCAGCGGUAUCGACGGUAUAUAGUUCGGAAAAUACUGCUAAAAGAGUGCAAUGGGAAGGGAGAGAUGAGGAGGUUGUGAGUCCCAAGCGGCCGAAGUUGAGCCAGUACAAGCAAGUAAGCAGUGGAAGAGUGGCUACGCUUAUGGAUCGAUUUGAGAAGUUCCAUCUUUAA